AUGUCGACACGAGUUCACAGUUUAUUUGGAAAGCUCAAAGGUAAAGGUAAGCCAUCACUAUAUUAAAGUUUCUUUUAAAGUUUAGGUAUCAAAUUGCAACGAAAUCAGUCUGAACCACAUUCUUUUUACCGAAAAACAAUUUUGUUACCUAAAAUAUUUCUUUCAGGUUUAUUUAAGAAGAAAGACUCGAAGUCAGAGCCAGAAGAGGUUGAUGAAGAUGUGGCGAGUUCAUCAGUGUUCCAAGCCAAUUCUAUUGAUGCUCCAACCGUCAUCAGAAGUUUCGAAGAGUUGUUUUCGGAAUUAUCAGCUAUGACAUACUUUAUGAGGUAUCUGGAGAGGAAUGGAGCUUCAAAUUUACUCAAGUUUUGGAUUCAUAUUGAGGGAUUUCAAAGUGCUGGGGAUAAUCAAGGUAAAUUUUGGUUUUACUUUUAUUUUUGUGGUUUAGGUAUGGAGUUUUAAUGAUGUACAUGUAAAGAAAGGUUCUUUUUGGUGCUUAAAAUAAUAAAACUUGUUUUAGACAUUGAAAAGGAAGCUCGUCAGAUAUGGAACACCUAUUUAUCGCCAUCAGCCUUUCAAAGGAUCAACCUUCCUACUGCUGUAGUUAAAUCUAUAGGUGAGUAUACCUAUAAGACCUUUAGGAAACUUUUUUUUAAUUGGUGUAUGAAUUAACAACGAGUGAAAAAAGCAUAUAAGGGACAUAAAGAAAGAAAUAUAUAAGUGACAUAAUUUUAGACUUUGAAACCUUGAACAAAGUGGAUUGUUACUCAAAAGCCCAAAGUUAUGUAUGGGAUCAGCUGAAGAACGUUCAUUUUAAAGGCUUCAUGAAGAGUCCUUACUUCAUCAUGCACCAAGUUGAAUGUUUCAAAACUGGCUGUCUUGAACUCGUCGACAUUCUCAGCGAUCAUCGACUUCUUAGCCCGUUUGUUGAGGUAAAAUACGGCUUUUUUCUCUAUUUUCGUCGAGAAUUGUUCUAAAAAGUUGAAAGAAGAUACUAAAACUAGGGUUUAUAAGCUUAAAAUUGUGUUUUUUCUCAACUUCUAAACUUGAUUUAUAUUUACUGAUAAGAAUUUAUAGCCUAAAGCUUUAGUAUAAGAUAUAUUUACUUCACAAUAGUCAAAAGUAUUGUUAUCAAUGUAGUGAUCACGUUCAUUUUCAGUUCCUUGAAUCCCAGCACCGCCAGAACUUGAUAGAAUUCAUUCUGACAGUAGAAUCAUACGAAGAACAGAUAGUAAAUUGUUCUCCAGAAGAGAAACAAGAAGCCGCGAUGAUAAUAUACAACAAGUACAUAUCGAUGCAAGCGACAGAUCCAUUAGAGUUUGACAGUGCGAUCAGAACCGAUGUGGAGAGUAAAAUAUGCACAGAGAAUGGCAUUCCUCAAGGCGCAGUUUUUAAUAAGGCUAAAUAUGCUUCACAGGCUGUGCUUGAAACGGUAUGUGGGUUUUUCAAAGUUUUUGGGUUUUGAGCGUGGUAAAUUUAAUUUUUUAAGUGGUGUUUCUUGAAUUUUUUCGAAAUUUUUUAUUUUUAAAAUUUAACUUUACAUUUUUAAAAAAUAGUGUAAUAUAGCAGGUUUUUAUGUUAAUGUCAAUUUUAAAAAGCUUUUGUUUUUAGCACUACAUUCCAAUGUUUAUGAAGACUGAUCUCUACCGAAGCUAUGUUGAUAUGUUGGCAAAAUCCGUUCAGAGGUUUGUACAAAUGGAAGAUGACAGGAGUAUACACAACAAUGAGCUGAGGAUGAAGAGAAGUGAGAUUCGGAAAAAUUUUUAUUUUAUCUUUUUAAAUUUUUUAUGUUAGACUAGUUAAAAAAGUUAAUUUAAAGUAUAUUGGCAUAGUUGUGUAAAAAAAGUAUUUAGAAGCCGUAUCUAAAAAUGUUUUUUGUUCAUUACAAGACUUAAAACUUCAUUUUCAGCUUCACUACCAGCCGAACCUACUUUUAAACCUAUCGAUUCAAACAUAAACAACAAUAAAAGUAACAAUUGUAAAGGCUUGUUAACAACACAGUUAUCAACAAACUCAACCCCAGUCAAAAGAGAGUAUAAUCACUACAAGGACAGAUCAAUCAGUACCUCAUCGACAGUCGGCGACGACGAAAGCAGCUCUCAAUGUAGCGAUGCUUCUGUUUCAAAGCGAUUACCUAGCGCUUUGGGCCGGAUUGACAUUUUAGGAAGAUACGAAAGCCUGUUCGACACAUCACUAUAUCAUAAUGAAGAAACACCAAAGUCUGGCUUCAGAGGAGUGUUAAACAAGUAUCUAAAGCAGUCAAUGGCACAAGAAGACGAAAAGUCAUACGAAAUGGCUAGGUUGAUAGUAGAAGACAUUCAGAAUAUGGUGAUUAAUCAUGAAAAUGAACGGUCGUUACCUGCUACUCCUAGGAAGACGAAAGCUGAAGCUUAG